AUGAGCGGCUUGUCAACCGUUCCAGACAAUAUCAACUUUGCGAAAGAAGAGGAGAAAAUCUCUCAAAAAUGGAAAGAUGAGAAUACUUUCAUGAAAUCUGUUGAGCUUUCAAAGGAUCGUCCACACUUUACAUUUUACGAUGGUCCACCAUUCGCAACGGGUCUUCCCCAUUAUGGUCAUAUGCUAGCCAGUACCAUCAAGGAUGUCGUAGGUCGCUGGGCGCAUCAAAACGGUCACUACGUCGAACGCCGAUUCGGAUGGGAUUGCCACGGUUUGCCUGUCGAAUAUGAAAUCGACAAGACUCUUGGCAUUUCGGGUCCCCCUGAUGUGCUGAAAAUGGGAAUCGACAAGUACAACGCAGAAUGUCGCAAAAUCGUCAUGCGAUAUUCCGGAGAAUGGGAAAAAACGAUGGGAAGGCUCGGAAGAUGGGUCGAAUUCAAACACGACUACAAAACAUUGUACCCAUGGUUCAUGGAGUCCGUUUGGUGGGCGUUCAGCGAGCUCUUCAAAAAGGGAUUGGUCUACAAGGGAGUCAAAGUUAUGCCGUACUCCACGGCCUGCUCCACUCCGCUUUCAAACUUUGAAGCCGGUCAAAACUACAAAGACGUCGUUGAUCCGGCAGUCUUCGUCGGAUUCCGCGUGGUUGACAACCCAAAUCGGCUUCUUGUCGCCUGGACAACUACGCCAUGGACCCUUCCAUCAAAUUUGGCACUUUGCGUCCAUCCUGACAUGGAGUACGUUGUCGCGAAAGACAAGACGACAAAUGUCGAGUAUGUUGUUCUCGAGGUGCGGCUCGGUGAGCUCAAGAACGACAACCUUGAGAUUAUCGAGAAAUUGACGGGAAAACAAUUGGAAGGAAUCAAAUAUGAGCCAUUGUUCCCUUAUUUUGCCCAUCUUGGCUCCGAACGCAACGCAUUCCGCGUUGUCAAUGACACGUUCGUCACUUCGGAUUCCGGUACUGGUAUUGUCCACCAGGCGCCAUAUUUCGGAGAAAUCGAUUACGCCGUGUGCUUGAAGAACAACAUCAUCUCAAAAGAUUCGAAAAUGAUCUGUCCAGUUGAUGAGACUGGAAAAUACACGGAAGAGAUCACCGAUUUCGUCGGAGUGUACGUCAAAGGUGCUGAUAAAUUUAUCAUCAAGCGGUUGAAAGAGACUGGAAAUCUUGUGCGACAUGCUGAAUGCAAACACAGCUAUCCAUUCUGCUGGAGAUCCGACACUCCCUUGCUCUACAAGGCGGUCCCAUCGUGGUUCAUUCGCGUCGAGAGCCUAGUGCCAAAUUUGUUAGCGAAUAAUAUGGAAACCUAUUGGGUACCAUCUUUCGUCAAAGAAAAACGCUUCGCCAAUUGGCUUCGUGAAGCUCGCGAUUGGGCGGUGUCAAGAAAUCGAUUCUGGGGAACUCCAAUCAACUUGUGGGUCAGUGACGACGGCGAGGAAGUCGUGUGCAUCUCGUCGAUCGCUGAACUAGAAGAACUAUCCGGACAGAAGAUCACCGAUCUUCAUAGAGAGAGCGUUGAUCACAUCACAAUUCCAUCGAAGUCCGGUAAAGGGGUUCUCAAGAGGGUUUCGGAGGUGUUUGAUUGCUGGUUCGAAUCGGGAUCGAUGCCAUAUGCGCAGAAUCAUUAUCCAUUUGAGAACAAAAAGUUGUUUGAAGACAAUUUCCCAGCCGAUUUCAUUGCUGAGGGAAUCGAUCAGACUCGUGGAUGGUUCUAUACACUUUUGGUGUUGUCGACGGCACUUUUCAACAAGCCUCCAUUCAAGAACCUUAUUUGCAACGGGCUUGUCUUGGCUUCGGAUGGUGCGAAAAUGUCGAAGAGAAAGAAGAAUUAUCCGGAUCCGACGGAGAUCAUUGACAAAUACGGUGCCGAUGCUCUUCGAUUGUACUUGAUCAACUCGCCGGUAGUUCGAGGAGACAAUUUGAAAUUCCGAGAGGAAGGUGUUCGCGAUCUGCUCAAGGACGUGUUCCUUCCAUGGUUCAACGCCUACCGAUUCUUCGUUCAAAACGUUCAGCUCUAUGAGCACGAAACCGGAAACGCGUUUGAAAUGGGUAAAUUUGUUGCCAGCGAGAAUGUGAUGGACAGGUGGAUCGAAUCGUUCACCAACAGUCUUAUCGCGUUUGUGAGGAAAGAAAUGGAAGCAUACCGUCUCUAUGCUGUUGUGGGACCAUUGACAAAGUUCUUCGACACCUUGACUAACAUCUAUAUCAGAUUGAAUAGAAAACGCAUCAAGGGCGACAAUGGAUUGCAUGAGCAACACCACUCGCUUGCUGCACUUGGCCGAGUCUUGGUGCUGAUUGUUCGCCUCAUGGCGCCAUUCACGCCAUUCUUCUGCGAGUACAUUUGGCAGAAUUUGAGAAAGAUUGUCGGAGCCACUGAAGAAUCGAUUCAUUUCCUACUCCUUCCGAAGCCUGAUGAGAGCCUCAUCGAUGAAUCGGUUGAGCGGCGAGUCGAAGCGAUGCGGAACGUCAUUGAUCUUGUUCGAUUGGUGCGUGAUCGCGAAGGAAUCGCUGUCAAGUAUCCGCUGAAGGAGAUGAUUGUGAUCAAUCGUGACAGCCAGUUCUUGGAAGAUGUGCAGAGUUUGGAGUCGUACAUUUUGCUCGAAUUGAAUGUGCGCAAGCUCACGGUUUCUCAAGAUAAACAUAAAUAUGGAAUUACGCUCAAGGCUGAUCCAAACUUCAAAUUGCUUGGAGCUCGUCUUAAGGGAGAACAGAAGAAGGUCGCCCAUUACUUGAAGAACGAUAUUUCUGAAGAGGAAUUGGAAAAAUUCUUGGCUGAAGGAAAACUCACUGUUCUCGGACAUGAGCUCUAUUCUGAAGAGGUCGCCGUGAGCUACGCGAGCAGCGACUCCAACACUGGACAUGGAUACUGUACGAAUUCGGAUGCCAAGACGAUUGUGAUGGUUGACACGAGCGAAGACGAGAGUCUCGUUGAGGAAGGACUUUGUCGCGAGGUCACGAAUCGCAUUCAGCGACUCCGCAAGCAGGCGAAGCUCGUUUCCACCGAUUCGGCCUAUGUGCAUUUGGUUGUGACGCCAGCUGAUUCGCAAUUGGCUCAGGUUGUGGCGGCCAAGCUAAAGGAUAUCGAGACGACGACUGGAACCCCAUUGAAGCUUGGAACACCAGCGGAUGGAGCAAAAGCACCAACAGCUACUAAUAAGAGUGCGGUGAAGGAGGCGGAAGUUGAGCUUUGGCUAUUCGCUGAAGGAGAUUCAUUCGAAGGAAUCACUGUUGUCGAUGGAUCCAAGAAAGUCAAAAUUCAUGUGACUUCUGGAAAUCAACAAUUGAACGGAUAUGCGGACCUUCUUUACCAAAUUCGGUCAGUUCUUGACUUGUGGAAAGGAAGUGUGAAACUUCGCAACGCCGACGGCUCAUCUGUGCACCCGACCGUCGAUGUGAACACAUUGGCGGGAACAACGCUCACACUUGUGAGAUAA